AUGUCAUUUUCAAUGAACAAUGCAUUAUCAACUUCAUCAGAUCCUCUUCUCUCUCCAUCUUCAUCCUCUACAUUAUUAUCAUCAAUAAUUCAAGCAUCAUUACCAAUUUCACACGGAAUUACUCCGACAUUUCCUCCACAACAAAAUUUUCAAGAUCUUUCUAUUAUCAGAGACGAAUCUACUCCAGAAGCAACGCAACCGCCGUCACUCAUUUCAAAUAGUAAUGACAAUACUUCGUCAUCUUCAUCGUCAUCUUCUUCAGAAUCAACAACACCACCAGAUUCAUUGUCUUUAUUGUUACCAGCAACCGGCUUAACUUUCCCGGCUAAAUGUCAAUAUCCAUCGAGUUCUCAAGUACAAGUUCAAGCGCAAAGUCAGAAAGUUCAAUCUCGAUCUUGUUUUCAAAGUCAUUCUCAUGCCCCAGCCCCAUUACCACCAUCAGUAAGAAGAGGGGGCAGAAAAAUACAGACGGGCAUAGAUCCAAAACUUGCUAGAAGACGUGAACUCAAUAGAAAAGCAGCGCAAAGAUCGCGUCAAAAAUUUAAAGAAUUUCAUCAUGGUUUGAUAGAUAAAGUUAUAGAAUUAAGGGGCGAAUUGGACGGAUUGGAAGCAGAAUAUGUGGAAAUAAUUAAAAGCUAA